GGGCUCGGGGGGGCUGCGUGGCCCAGGCUCUGCUAGAAGGUGGGACCUUCAGGGUCCGUGCGGUGAGGAGUCCCAUGAAGGAGGAGGCUGAGGAGCUGAAGCAGAGGGGAGCUGAGGUCAUCAAGGCAGAUCAGGACGAUGUGACAUCACUGGAGCUGGCCUUGGUGGGUGCUUACGGAGCCUUUGUUGUAACCAACUGCUGGGAGCACUGCAGCAAAGAGAAAGAAAUCACGCAGGGAAAGCGGCUUGCUGACCUGUCGAAGCGCCUUGCUCUGCGCCACGUCGUGUACAGCGGCCUGGAGAACGUGAAGUAGCUGACGGGGGGCCGGCUGGAGGUGCUCCACUUUGAUGGCAAAGGUGUGGUGGAAGAGUACUUCCAGAAAGGUGGUGUUCCCACCGUGACCGUCUGACUGCCGUUCUUUGCCAUCUUCAAGCCACAGAAGGGCCUGCAGGGAGAUAUGUUUGUCCUGGCGCUGCCCAUGGGGGACACCCCCGUGGAUGGGAUGGCGGUGGAGGACAUCGGGCCUGUUGUGCUUUGCCUGCUGAAGUCCCUGGAGGAGUACGUAGACCAAGUGAUCGGGCUCAGCACUGGCAAGCUCACCGAGGCAGAGUACGCCGCUGUCCUCUCCCAGCAGACGGCCAAGACCAUGGAAGCCAGCAAAAUCUCACCAGAGGAGUAUGAGAAACGUGGCUCCCCUGGCACCGAGGAAAUGGACACUAUGUUCUGUUUCUAUGCCCUGAAGCCAGACCGCAACGUGGACCUGACCAUGAAGCUCAGCCCCAAAGCCUGCACCUUCCAUCCUUCUUGGUGGCAGACAAGAAGGUCACCUUCGGACCCUUCCCUCCCUCCUCUUCCACCCGAGCUUCUGCAGCAGGUAGCGGGAACUGGCCGAGGUGAGCUGCGCUGA